CCCAAUCUCCAACAGUCAAUUUCUUUUUUGGUGCGGGGUACUCAGAUACUGGUGCUGUCGAAGAGAAGUGAGUUUGUGGAUAAUAAUGUUGAUAACGGUCAGACAAGCUUCAUCUUCUCCCCUCUGUCUCUUCCUUGAUCGCCUCACCGUCUCAAAACCCUCCUCUAAAUCAUUCAAAACUUCCAUUUGCCAAGCUCACAGAACACCCUCACCCUCCCAUUCAUGGAGUUCUGGGAAUCUCUCUACCAGCUAUGAGGCUGCAAAUUUUGAUCCCUUGGGUAUCAACCCAGAUUUAUCUUCUGGACUGAGUUCUACAUGGAAAGAUCUUGUGUGCUUGUUUUCGCAACCAUUUGAGAGCACUUCAAGUACAGAAAAGGGGAAACCUAACUCGUCGCGAGGAGUAGCAGCUGCAAUUGAGGACAGUUCAAUUGAUUUUGGCGACUUCUUCAAAGGUCCACUGCCAGGGAAGUUUCUGAAGCUUUUGGGGUUUCUUGUCUUGUCACGGCUUGGUGUGUACAUACCUCUAGGUGGGGUUAAUAGGGAGGCUUUUAUUGGGAAUUUGGAUCAGAACAGUUUGUUAAGCACUCUGGACUCAUUUUCUGGUGGAGGUAUUGGUAGACUUGGGCUGUGUUCCCUCGGUAUUGUUCCCUUCAUCAAUGCGCAAAUUGUUUUCCAGCUUCUUGCACAAGUAUACCCCAAGUUGCAAGAUCUUCAGAAACGAGAGGGUGAGGCUGGAAGAAAGAAAAUUCUUCAGUACACUCGAUAUGCUUCAGUUGGAUUUGCCAUUGUACAGGCGAUUGGCCAAGUUCUUUUCCUACGCCCCUAUGUCAAUGACUUCUCAACAGAGUGGGUUAUUUCCUCUGUUAUCUUAUUGACACUUGGUUCUGCGUUUACAACGUACAUCGGCGAACGAAUUACUGACCUAAAACUUGGGAAUGGCACAUCUCUUUUGAUUUUCACAAACAUUAUCUCCUACUUGCCAGCUUCCUUUGGUCGAACAUUCUCAGAAGCAUUUAAUGAUGCUAACUAUGUUGGACUUGCUACCAUCAUUGUGUCCUUCUUUUUGUUGGUAGUUGGUAUUGUCUAUGUUCAGGAAGCGGAGAGAAAAAUACCUCUUAAUUAUGCUUCUAGACUCACCAGAAGCAGUGGACUUGAAAAAUCUGCUUACCUACCCUUUAAGGUAAAUAGUUCAGGAGUGAUGCCCAUCAUAUUUUCUACUUCAUCGUUAGCUCUUCCUGGUACUUUAGCACGCUUCACUGGUUUAAGUCCACUAAAGAGUGCGGCAAUGGCUUUGAAUCCUGGAGGUUCCUUCUAUCUUCCAUUUAACAUAUUUUUGAUAGCCUUCUUCAACUACUAUUACACUUUCCUACAACUGGACCCUGAUGAUGUGAGUGAGCAAUUGAAACGUCAAGGUGCUUCAAUUCCACUUGUCAGACCAGGCAGAAGUACAGCUACAUUUAUCAAAACAGUUCUUAGUCGAAUAUCAGUUCUGGGUUCAACAUUUUUGGCGAUCUUGGCUGCUGGUCCAGCAGUAGUUGAGCAAACCACACACUUGACUGCAUUCCGGGGGUUUGCUGGAACAUCUAUUCUUAUUCUUGUUGGUUGUGCAACAGACACAGCAAGGAAAGUUCAGGCUGAGAUUAUAUCCCAAAAGUACAAGAACAUUGAGUUCUAUGACUUUGAUAAAAAGUAUUGAUUUUGAAAAGAUUGGUGGUUUGCAAUAUAGGAGAUGCAGCUGGGUGAUUCUUCUACGAGGGAGGCUCGAAUGUGAACCCGAAGUUUCCUUUUUUCUGUAAUACAGUACUGAUCCGUUUUAAUAUCGGCCUGUAUAUAAUGCUGUAGAGCAGUGAUUUGUUUUAUCUGUCAUGGUCGCUAAUAUUCCAGUGUAAUGAUGUCGUCGAAUGAUCCAUAUAACAUACCACACUUAAUGGAAAAAGGUUUUUUGUUGUUA